AUGUCGACAAUGGACGCUACUGUCCUCGAUCAGGCCAUGUCUAUCCCUCUUCCUCUCUCACCUCCUCCUGAUCAUGAUCCUUCAAAUGCUCUAUCCGUGCUGCGAGAUCCUGUGAACGAGAACUAUGCUAGGUCAAGAGAGGGCGAACUAGCAGCAUCCCGGGAUUUGCCCAGAGGGGAAGACGAUGCAGGGCUCGAUGCUGGCGAGACACCAGUGAACGAUCCGACGCCGUCUGUUCAAAGCGGUUCUACGUCACAUCCCGAACCCAGCCCAUCCCCGUCCCAUGUUUCUACGGACGAGACAGUGGAACCCGAACAGAUAGCCAUACAGGCCAGAGAGGAUGUAGAGUCAGCUCCACCCACUCCGCCUGCGAAACCCAUUGUCGUUGCACGUCCCGAUGUAUUACCCCCUCGCCGAGACAGUCUACCGCCAUCUUCUAGUAAUGGAGAUGCCCGGCGUCCGCAUCGCGAGACAGGGGACAAGCACAUUAAUGGACGCGAUUCUGUUUCUGCAAGGCCUUCAAUACCUUCACGACCGUCGUCUUCUGCCUCUCAUAGGCGCUCACUCACCAUAUCCAAAGGUCAUACAGUCUCUGUGGUUCUCAUCUCAUCUGCAUUGGAGACCAUCGCUUCUUCUCGAGAGGCGAAGCGGUCUGCACCUCUCAGAGAGAGUGUGCAGCAUGCGUUGGAGAUGGUCAAAGCUGGUCGUGGCGGGGAUCGGCCUCGCGAGAUAUUCGAACCGCUGCGUUUAGCGUGCGAGACGCGUAACGAGAAACUGUUAAUCGCUAGCUUGGACUGCAUCUCCAAGCUAAUAUCGUACUCGUUCUUCGUGGAGCCUUCGCGGGAAUCUCACACUAUUACUUCGCCUCCCGCAUCUCCCGGCCCCGUCCCUCGCAAUUCCAAAUCAAAUGGUUCGCAUGCGCAGCUACCGGAACCUUCACUCGUCGACCUCGUCGUCCACACAAUUACUGCUUGUCAUUCUGAAUCUACGCCAGAAACGGUCUCUCUGCAAAUCGUCAAGGCGCUUCUUGCGAUUGUCUUGUCGUCUACAAUCCUUGUGCACCAGUCAUCUCUGCUGAAGGCUGUACGGACCGUGUACAACGUUUUCCUACUCAGCGCCGAUCCAGUCAACCAGACGGUCGCACAAGGCGGGCUCACUCAGAUGGUGAACCAUGUCUUUGCCCGAUGCGACCUGGGGACGCCUCCGUUGUCUAGAAGCAACUCAAGUCUGACACUUGCUUCCAAAACCGAAUUUACCAGACGGCUAUCUUCGACGCCGUCACGGAAAUCUGUUUCCUUACCUCCAUCGAGCCCACCCUCACGACUGCGACCCUCAUCCUUAGCAGAGACCGACCACACUACUUCUAUAUUGGUAAUCGAGGACAUACCAGGGACUGGUGAAUCUUAUCCGGGUGAUGUAUCUAGCACAUUGAACAACUCAUUGGACGAGCACGCCGAAGCUCGAGCAAACGGUGAUCCUUCUAUCGACUCGCACAACCUUCCAGAACCAUCGGAGACGGCCGCGAGCGAUGGGCUCCAGGAGGACGACCAUGAGUAUCCGGGUCGACAACUGUCGACGAACGAUCUCUUCAUCAAGGAUGCCUUUCUAGUCUUCAGAGCCCUUUGCAAGUUGACCAUGAAGUCUUUGAACACCGAGAGCGAGCGAGACCUGAAAUCACACGCAAUGAGAUCCAAAUUACUGUCCUUACAUCUCGUCCUGACCAUUCUGAAUACCCAUAUGCCUAUCUUCGUCUCGCCAUCUGCUAUAAUUUAUUCAAGUUCGUCUCACGAAGCAACAUCAUUCGUACAGGCUAUCAAUCAGUACUUGUGUCUCUGUUUGAGUCGCAAUGCUGUCAGUCCUGUACCUCAAGUUUUCGAAAUUAGUGUUGAAAUUUUCUGGAGAGUCAUCUCGGGAUUACGCACUAAGCUGAAGAAAGAGAUCGAGGUGCUACUUCACGAAAUCUUCAUCCCUAUAUUGGAGAUGAAGACCUCAACUCUGAAGCAGAAAGCGGUGAUCCUGGAUAUGUUGCAACGACUGUCCUUGGAUCCUCAGGCUCUAGUUGAGAUUUACCUCAACUACGAUUGUGACAGCGAGGCAGUGGACAAUAUCUACGAGCACUUGAUGAAUAUCAUCUCCAAGCUCGCGACUGCUCCUAUCACUCACGCUCCUCAGAAGGGCAAUGAACCCACCAGUCCGUCUCUUCCGCCUACAUCCAAGACACACAAUCUUGCAGUUCCCCCUUCGCUCAGCACCAACGCCCUCUCGGGUGUGGGAUCUCUAGAUAAUUCCCCUGUAGGUUUAUCUGAGAAGCAGCUAAAAAGACAAGGACUGGAAUGUCUUGUGUCUGUCUUGAAGUCACUCGUGACUUGGGGAACCGCCGGUACAUCGGGUCCAGACAGCGCAGCAGACCCCGCUCGCUCUCAGAUGAGUGAAGACUUCAACCGUGACAGCAUCAAUGCCGAAUCGUCGACGGAGAAACUUUCGGGCCCUCUGAGUGCAGAUACCACCAGACAACAGCUAUCUCCAUCACCAACUCCAACGGCUGACGUUGCAGAUGACCCGAGCAAGUUCGAGAGUGCCAAACAGAAGAAGACCACUCUGCUAGAGGGCAUUAAGAAGUUUAACUUUAAACCAAGGCGGGGCGUGCAAUUCUUCAUCGAGACAGGGUUCAUUCCGAGCAACUCACCAACGGAUAUUGCCAGGUUUCUCCUGGAGACUGAUGGACUCAGUAAAGCAAUGAUCGGCGAAUACUUAGGAGAAGGCGACGAAGAACAUAUUGCCAUCAUGCACGCGUUUGUUGACCUGAUGGACUUCGGAGAACUUCCCUUCGUCGACUCGUUGAGGACGUUCCUACAAGCCUUCCGUCUACCCGGAGAGUCACAGAAGAUCGAUCGGUAUAUGCUCAAGUUCGCGGAGCGAUACAUCGCAGGCAACCCUCAGACGCCAUUUGCUAACGCUGAUACCGCGUAUGUGCUUGCGUAUUCAACCAUCAUGUUGAACACCGAUGCGCACAAUCCGCAAGUGAAGAUUCGCAUGACCAGAGCUGACUUCAUCAAAAACAACCGCGGGAUCAAUGAUGGCGCUGAUCUCCCGGAGGACAUUCUAACGUCUAUAUUCGAGGACAUCGUUUCAAACGAAAUCCGCAUGAAAGACGAAGUCGACGUCAUUCCAAAUCUGACUACUCCUGCUCCAGGUUUGGCGAAUGCGCUUGCCAAUGUCGGUAGAGACCUGCAGAAAGAGGCGUACAUGAUGCAAUCAAACAACAUGACGAAUAAGACGGAGGCAUUGUUCAGGACGUUGAUGCGUUCCCAGCGCAAAGGUUCAAAGUCCAGUGAACUGUUCUUCAGUGCAUCACACUUCGUUCACGUACGACCGAUGUUCGAAGUUGCUUGGAUCCCUUUCUUGGCAGGUAUAUCGGGGCCACUGCAAGACACCGAUGAUCUCGAGAUUGUCGAGCUCUGCCUGGAUGGAUUCAAAAGCUCAAUCCGAAUAGUCUGCUUCUUCGAUCUGGAAUUAGAACGGAACGCUUUCGUCACUACUCUCGCCAAGUUCACUUUUCUGAACAAUUUGGGCGAAAUGAAGACAAAGAACAUGGAGGCCAUUAAAGCACUUCUAGAUGUUGCUGUUACCGAAGGCAAUCACCUGAAGGGUUCAUGGCGGGAAGUCUUGACGUGUGUAAGUCAACUUGAACAUAUGCAGCUAAUCAGUAGCGGUGUGGAACUGCCAGAUGCAGGCCGAAAAGGCCGUGUCCGCAAACCGCCCACGGAAGAGUUGGUCAAUGAAAGUCGUUCCACGCACAUCACAGUCGCAGCAGACAUGGUUUUCUCUCUCAGCCACUAUCUGUCUGGAACUGCUAUCGUCGACUUUGUUCGAGCUCUUUGUGAUGUCUCCUGGGAAGAGAUCCAAUCAUCCGGACUUUCCCAACAUCCUCGUCUUUUCAGUCUCCAGAAGUUGGUGGAGAUCUCUUACUAUAACAUGAAUCGAAUUCGUCUGGAAUGGUCAAACAUGUGGGACAUCCUUGGAGAGCAUUUCAAUCAGGUGUGCUGUCAUAAAAACCCUCACGUCGUCUUUUUCGCUCUGGAUGCACUCCGACAACUUGCGAUGCGUUUCUUGGAGAAGGAAGAGUUACCUCAUUUCAAGUUCCAGAAGGAUUUCCUGCGGCCAUUUGAGUACACCAUGCUCCACAACUCAAAUCCCGACGUGCGAGAUAUGGUUCUACAAUGCCUGCAGCAAAUGAUACAAGCACGUGUCGACAACAUGCGCUCAGGAUGGCGAACUAUGUUCGGUGUAUUUUCAGCUGCAACAAAAGCCUCGACAGAGCGCAUCGUGAGCUCCGCAUUCGAGAUUGUCACUCGACUGAAUAAGGAGCACUUCAGCGCAAUUGUACGGCAUGGAUCUUUCGCUGACCUGACUGUUUGCAUUACGGACUUCUGCAAAGUGAACAAGUAUCAGAAAAUCAGUCUGUUGGCCAUUGCUAUGCUUCGUGGCACCAUCCCAGUCAUGCUCGCAUGCCCUGAUUGUGGUUUCGCUGCCAGCGCGGUUCAAAAGAGUCGUGGUACUGAUGAUCCCAUGAUCAAGUUCUGGUUCCCCGUUCUCUUCGGUUUCUAUGACGUGAUCAUGAACGGGGAGGACCUUGAAGUUCGACGCCUGGCUCUGGAUUCACUUUUCACCACACUCAAGACAUACGGCUCUACCUUCCCUGUAGACUUCUGGGAUACUGUCUGCCAGGAGCUGCUGUUCCCCAUUUUUGUCGUCCUGAAAUCUAGCCAAGACUUGUCGCGCUUCAGCACGCAAGAAGACAUGAGCGUCUGGCUUUCAACUACUAUGAUACAAGCUCUGCGGAACUUAAUCGACUUGUAUACAUUCUAUUUCGAAACCCUAGAACGGUUCUUGGACGGGCUGUUGGAUCUGCUUUGCGUCUGUAUUUGUCAAGAGAACGAUACUCUUGCUCGCAUCGGCACGUCGUGCUUGCAACAGCUACUGGAGAAUAAUGUGAAGAAGUUGAGCCCUGCGAGAUGGGAGCGAGUUGCUACGACCUUCGUGAAACUGUUCCGGACAACAACCCCUCAUCAACUCUUUGAUGAGAGUCUACGUGUUGAGAUCGACAGCAGUGCUCCAGAUCUCCAGGAUACUACAGAAUCUAAUGGCCAGGCUAUGGUGCCUGCGCCACUCUCGCCAAAUGGAGACCAGCACAAGGCCGACGCGAAGGUGUCCCUUAAUGAACGCCGUCGUAUCUUCAGACAGAUCAUCGUGAAAUGUGUGCUGCAACUACUGCUGAUUGAAACUACCAACGAUCUCCUUCGCAAUGACGAUGUCUAUAACACUAUACCUCCAGAGCAUCUACUGCGCUUGAUGGGUGUGCUUGAUCACAGCUACCAGUUUGCACGAAUGUUCAACGAGGACAAGGAACUUCGCACGGGCCUGUGGAAAGUUGGGUUCAUGAAGCAUCUACCAAAUCUUUUGAAACAAGAAUCGAGUAGUGCUUCCACCCUGGUACAUAUACUUCUGCGCAUGUACUACGACCCUCGACCCGAACAUCAAGCAGCUCGGCCACAAGUUGCUGAACGGCUUCUGCCACUGGGGUUGGGCGUUCUGCAAGACUUCUGCAAAUUGCGCGUCGACACCCAGAUCAAAAAUAUCACAGCUUGGACUCCUGUUGUUGCUGAGAUUCUCCAAGGCUUUGUGCGUUUCGACGACAAGGCAUUCGCGAGGUACAUGCCUGCGAUAUAUCCUUUAGCGUCCGAACUUCUGUCUCGAGAUGUGUCACUCGAGAUUCGACAAAGCCUCCGAGAGUACUUCCUGCGGGUCGGGUAUGUACAAGGCAUCAUAGAAAGACCAUAA